AUGCCGGAACAGGAGCACCCAGGGAACCCGUCUCACCAGCUGUCCUGGACAAAGGUGUGGGCAAACCGGGUGUGGACAAGCAGCCCCGUUAUUGCAAGCAGGGAGUCAGAAAGAAGAAGGAAUUUGAGGUCGCUGGGAAGCCCGGGCAAGGGGAGCGGAGGAGGGGUGUCAGAGGACGGCAGGCUGCUGAGGAGGCCCCGGAACCGAUGCUCGGGAGGAGAGAAAGAGGGGUCUGCCGAGGACCCGGGGUUGAACGACGGAACGGCUGAACAACAGAACGGAAGAGCGCUCCAGCAGGUCAACCGAGACGAGGGGGCUGCGGUUCCAGUAAGUGCACCGAAAGCACGGGCUGAGGUAGGGGUGACGUCACGGAAAGCAAGGAGAGCAAUGGUUCCGGUGCAGAACGAAGAGUUUGGUGCCGAUCGCACGGAGCAAGCGAAUGAAGCAGACGGAAACGCCUCACCGGUCGGAACGGAAACGGAAUUCGCUGAGGAUGGGACGGCUGCGUUUGGAGAGUGUGAAAAGGCGGACGUAGUGACGCAGGGGGCCGUCAGAUUUGACGCUGGCGAAUCUGCGGAAGGGCCAGUGGAAGGGCGGGUGUCCGGAGCGGUUGUCCAAACGGAAGCAGACGAGAGAGGCUUGCCGACAGUGGGCAGGGACAAUUCUUGGGGAAAUGCUGACGUGGCGGCGAGAGAGGGGUCUGACGUGGCGCCGGGCGUGGGUCCUGGGGUUGGAAAAGGAGGGGGUGGUGACGUCACUGAUGAUGGCGGUGCUGACUGUGACAUGGAGGAGGCGGCUAAGGGCGGGGCGGGAAGAAGCGAUUGCGAGGCUGCAGGGAACACGGCUGAGAGGGGAAGCGCCGAGAAGAAGACGUCAGUGGAGGAUCUCUCAGCUAUCAUUGAGCGGGAGAUUCGCGAGAGAGAGCGGGUCAUUGAGGAGAGCGCGCCGCCCGGGGGCCCCCUGCCGUUGGAAGAUGGGGGCGGCGACGUUCUGGCAGAGAGGCCCGCUGACGUCACUGCAAAAACGGACGGCGGAGGGGAGGCCGGAUCUGGUGCAAGCGGAAAAGAGCAGGUGCGGGGGAGCGGCUCCAGUAGCGUACGGAAAACGAAAGAAGAAGAAGAAGGGGCGGGUUCCGCGCUGAUGGGAGAAGGGAAAGGACCGCGGCCGGCCGUUGCAGGAGGCGGAGUGAAGUUUGGGUCUGGCACCCAAGUCGUGGCAGCGAAUGGAGAAGGAGAAGAAGUGGCGCGGAGCAAUACGAAGACUGGGGCGCGGGAAGCAGAGGCGCGGAAUGGAGCCGAGCAGACUGCGGCGGCAGGAGUUUCAAGUCCAGCCCAAAACGGUCGAACGGGAACAAGAAGCACGGAAAACGGCGGAGGACCUAUUCGAGGGAGUGAGAGGACAAAUGCAAGGAUGGAACAGCCCCAGUCCGAUAAUCCGGCCCCUGAGAGCGGUCCGUCUCAAGUUCCGCAGCAAACAGCGGAAGGCGGAGGGCGGUGUGUGGUCAGCGUAGAGGGAGCUCCCGAGAGCAGCGUUCCUGGUGAUGCCACGUGUCUGCCGAAGAAUGGCCCAGAAACGGGACCCCUCAGUGCGGCGGGUGCCCAGCAAUUCCAGUCAGGCGCGGGCGCUCCCCCUCGGACAGCGCAUCCGGCCACGCGCUCGGCGUCCGAACGCGGGGCCCCUUCUGAGCAGCGCGCCGGAGGCGGGUCCGCCCCCUCCCCCCGGGGACUGUCCGCGCGCUCGGAGAUCGUCUCCGGGGCGAAUGUAAAGACCAGGCCUAAGGUUGUCGUCGCCGUCAGGGGCUUGAUCGAAGCCACUCAGGAGUCGGGCCGAGCCCCCGAGCUCCGGGCGAGUCGCUGA